UCCAGUAUUCCUGUGUGCUUUCUUGCCCUCAUAUCAUUCAAAACAAUUCAAAUAUAAUUAACAAAUAUAUGCAGGUACAUGUGUGUACCUUUAGCGAGGCACCACUAAUUCUGCAUUUAUUAGUAUGAAUUAUUACAGGAAUAUAAAUAAGGAAGUCGGACACAGUAUCAAAUUUAAAGUUUAAAAGUGGCAGUUCGUAAGAAUAUGAUAAAUAUGUCAGAAUCUAAUGUGAAUUCGCUUUCAUUUACUUCGUCACCAUUACGACGAAAAUCUGUUCUUUCACGAAAAUCAAGUGGUGAUUUCACUUUAUUAGAAAAUGACGACGAAGCAGAACGUUUGGCUCGUCGUAAAAAUAUAAAUUAUUCUCCCUCUGUACCAAGUGCCACAAGCGGCAGACGUUCCUUAGGGCUUAGUUUUUUAGUACACAUGCCAGCUUCUCAAAUGGCAGAGCGUAUAUCUCAGUGCAUAAAACUUGGUACAGAGAAUAAAAUUAAUCCAAAGAAUGCAUUUAGCUUAGAGAUGAUUGAUUUCAUGACAUACAUGAUUAAGAAACAAGAUGCCAAUAUGUCUAAUUUACAAGUAGCUAGUACAUCUUUAGAUGUAAGCACUAAAAUCUAUGGAUUUCGUGUUGAUGGAGUACAUAUGGACAUACUUAAAUUGGUUGGUGGAUUGGAGAGACAAGAAAGGGAUGAUAAAAAUCAUAAUAAUGCAUUAGAAAUGGACUGUCAGGAGGAAGUCACAAAUAAUCAAGCAGAAAACUUGGAGAAGAGAAAAAAGAUGAAAAAGAAACAUAAACCAUUUAGUACUGUGGAAGCCUUAAGAACUGAUAUAAAAACUGAAAAGCCUUCUUUAGCAAUUAUGGAAGCAGAUUCGCAAACCACAAAUGUGUUAUAUCAAGUAUUAUUACCAAACCAUGCAAAUUCUAGAUUUUAUCCACAUCCAUAUAAUGAUGUUUUGGUAGAUAGAAUAGAAUGUAAAGAGAUAGGAGAUGAAAAUUCAGCAUGCACUAUUCCAAAAAUAACAGACUUAUCGCAAAUGGAAAUUUGUUUUCCUAUACAUUAUUUUAACUUUCAUAGUUGGAAUGCAGAUGAAGAACUAGAAACAGUUGACCUAGAAAAAAGUAAUGAAAGUAGAUUUGAAUUUGAUCUUGAUGCUGGUGUACCAUCUGACGAUGAAUGUGAUUCUAGUAGUGGAAAUUAUUUUAAUACAGAAGAGUGCACAGAACAAAAUGUAAAUAUGUGUGCUAUAGCAUCAAAACCAGUAGAAAAUAUUGUAGAUUUUUGUAAUGUUUUAAGCAAUGCAGUAUCAUCAUCAAAAACAUCAGAAUAUUCGUUCGUCCACAGCAAUUUAAAUAUACAUUGGGCAGGACCAUCGCAUUGGAAACUUACUAAUUUCAAAAAAAUAUCAUCUAACAGCAAUGUAAUUGAAACAUGCCAGCAAGCACCAAUAAAGAAAAGAAAAGAAAUGGAAUUAAAUUAUGGUGAUGAAACUUUCAAAAGUAUAAAAGCGAAAUUUUUACCAAGUAAAUCAAACAAAAUGAUCGUUAACGCCGUUAAAACAGAAUGGAACGAAGAAAUAUUAACAUUACCUCCGGAUAAACAUUAUGAUAUCGCACGAGCUAAUAAAUUGUAUCUUCAUCUAUUGACUGUUAAAUGUCCAGAAAUAAAUGCUACUUGCUUAUCCGAUGAUGAAGAUAAUUAUCACCAUGGAAAUGACAAUGAUGUAUCAAUGGCUCGUUCUCUCGUGAAUAAUGAUAAAUAUCAAGAGAAUAGAAACUUUGUAACUGAAAAUGAGAAUCUGACAGGAACACAAGUGUCUUUUACUGGAGAAAAUCUAGUUGCCAUACCAAAAUUAAUAAAUAAGGCAUGUAUUGCCUAUAGUACACGUGCAAAAAGGAUUGAUAUGAAACAAUUAAAGAAAUCUAUUUGGACGUGUUUAAGGAGUAAAAGAUAUGAGACUGUAAAAGAAACAGAGGGAGAAGAAGAAGAACUCACUGACAAAAUGCAAGAGAGCAAAUAUUUUAGUGAGGUAUAUAAAAUUGUGCCAAAUUUAUUAACCAGAACUAAUAUUGAAGCAUUAAGUUUUCCAAUUUCUUUUGUAUCUUUAUUGCAUUUAGCAAAUGAAAAAACGUUAAAAAUAACUUCUAGUUCUGACUUAAAAGAACUCAUUAUAGAACAAGAUUAAAUACAUUUAUAAAUCUACAAAGUUCUUGUACACAACAUAUUUAAAUGUAAAAA